AUGCUGUGGGAGACCGGGCUUCGCGAGCUAGCCGGAGAGCUUCUUCAAGAUGGGCUACAGCUGGCUCUGCAGUCCAUCUUCCCUGCCAGCUCAAACCGCGCCGCAGCUGCCAGCCGCCUGGAGGUCAACAAAGCCAUGACCAACCUCGAGGUGUUCCAGUUGGCCGGCUCGCUGUUCGAGCGCGCGGGCCAGCAGGACACGCCCAGUAUCGCCACGCUGCUGACCCACAUGGGUGUUGCCAAGGGUGAUGCCGGGGAUCACCAAGGGGCCAUGGAGGCCUUUUGGCAUGCUCGGCGUAUUCGCAAGGUCACGGGCACGCUUGAAACCGUG